CAUGGAGUGUCAAUGACCUUUAACAAAGACCUAAUGCCUAUAGUACGUGCCGUGUAGGGGCGUACCUACAUGAUAGUGAUGGGGACGUCAUGUUUCACAGCAUAAAUAACAUCGGGCCUCCUAAUCAGACAAAGACUGGCGUAUGUAAUACGCAGGACAGGGGUCAGGUAUGGAUGUAUUAACAGCCAAAAACAGUUCUAACGAGAAUCGGCCCACAGCGCCCACCGAAAUAGCAUACGACGCUCUUGCUCACGGUGGGUAUCUUUGGUGGCUGUAUGGGGUAGGAGGAAGGGAGUUCGAGAAGCUGCAGUCCCAAGAUUUGUUAACUCCGGAUGCUACUACCAACCAAACUUUCCGGACUUUACUUGCGCCUCAUAGCGCUGUCACCUAUCAGAUUCCGAUGCUUCAGGACCAUCGAUCCACUGAGGGACGUAUUCCGAUCGUGGAUGAUGAGAAUGUUCUAGUACUCAGUUGA